UGUAACCAAGACCCGGUAAACAGUUGCUCUGCAUUCUCCGUUGCCCCAGCACCCAGCUUCAGCAGCAUGCAGCAGAGGCCCUGAAUCAGUCAUCGUCGUUCUGCGCCAGUCCAAGCCGCAGCAAGCGACCAUUAGUGGAACUUGCAAACCCAAGAGAAGCACAGGCCAAGGCACAAGGCAGGCGCGGCGUGGCCACCAGUCCACCACUGCCUCAAUAUCAACGUCGCGGCAACGCGCCAAGGGCGUCACCUGCGAAACCAAGGCGCCACCAGCGGGAACACCGCCUCCAAAGCUUCUGGACGCAGGACAAAACACCUCGCGUUUGGCGGCCUGGGAUGCGUCCACCGGCGCAUCGCGUACUCAGAAACUUUCUUGUUUGCGGCAUCAUAUAAGCAAUCAGGCGGGGCGAAGGGGGAAGCCGCAAGCCCACCGCAGCAAAGAUGCAGCAGCCGCAGCAGCACAGGACGGCCAUGCGGAGGGACGGCGAGAGGGACCACCGGAGGGCGGCGGCCGAGAGGCCAGCCGCCCACCGGACGGAGAGGGCGGCGGCGGACGAGACGGCCCAUCGGAGGGCGGCCGAGGCGCCCCCCCGCCGGACGGAGAGGGCGGCCGAGGUGCUGCCCGCCGCCCACAGGACCGAGAGGGCGGGCGAGACGGCGGCCACCGCCCGGAGAGCGGCGGAGAUGCCCGCCCGCCGGACGGAGAGGAAGAAGAGCCUGGAGAGCCUCCUGGACGCCGCGGACGUGCGGGGGAAGCGCGGCGGCCCCGUGCCGGCCGUCGGCGAGAAGAUCACCACCUUCCCCGGCCAGGGCCUCGAGUUCAAGAACCUGUCCUACAGCGUCAUCAAGAAGCAGAAGAAGGACGGGGUCAAGAUCAAGAAGGAGGUGUACCUGCUCAACGACAUUUCCGGGCAGGCCCUCCGCGGCCAGGUCACCGCCAUCCUCGGCCCCAGCGGCGCCGGCAAGUCCACUUUCCUCGACGCCAUUGCCGGACGGAUCGCCAAGGGGAGCCUCGAAGGGUCUGUCAGCAUCGACGGACGACCUGUCACCACGAGCUACAUGAAGCAGAUUUCCUCUUACGUGAUGCAAGACGAUCAGCUGUUUCCCAUGCUUACGGUGCUGGAGACGCUCACAUUUGCAGCUGAGGUCAGGCUCCCGCCAUCCCUCUCAAGGGCUGAGAAGCUCAAGAGGGUGUGGGAACUCAUUGAGCAGCUUGGUCUGCAGACAACAGCUCACACAUACAUUGGGGACGAAGGGGUGCGAGGGGUCUCUGGCGGGGAACGCCGCAGAGUGUCGAUAGGCACAGACAUCAUCCAUAAGCCAUCUCUGCUGUUUCUCGACGAACCAACCUCCGGCCUCGACUCCACUAGUGCACACAGUGUGGUGGAGAAAGUGAAGGAUAUCGCAAGAGGAGGAAGCAUUGUGCUCAUGACUAUCCAUCAACCAUCUUUCAGGAUACAGAUGCUUCUUGACAGAAUUGUCAUCCUUGCAAGAGGGCGACUGAUCUAUCUAGGCAACCCAACCACACUUCCCACAUACCUUGCUGGAUUCGGCCGGCCAGUACCUGAGGGUGAGAACAGCAUGGAAUAUCUACUGGAUGUCAUCAAGGAGUACGAUGAAUCAACACUGGGACUUGAGCCUCUGGUUGCAUACCAGAGGGAUGGCAGCAAACCCACUGAAGCUGCGAAGACUCCGGUGCCGAGAACACCAAGGACACCAUACCAGAAGUCAGUCCAGUUCAGGCAAAUGCAACUCAAAAGCAACCAGUUUUCACUUGCAAGCGCAACGCCUCAUGCAAACCCCUUCUCAAACUUUGAGUCCUACAAUAUUGAUGACGAGGAGGGUGAUUUCGACAAUUCUCUUGAGAGAAAAAUACAGACACCCAUGCACACUGCAAACUCGGGCUACCAUCCAAGAUUAGCUUCACAGUUCUACAAAGAUUUCUCAGUCUGGGUUUACAAUGGUGUCGCAGGGACACCGCAGCGCAGGCCUACUUGGACUCCAGCUCGAACACCAGCAAGGACCCCAAUGUCAAGCUACCAGCGAAGCCGUGUGAAUACGCCGCACAGGUCAAUUCCUCCAUCUCCCCAAGAACCAGUGUUCAAGCCAGAAGAGCCAGACUAUGAGGAGCAGGGGCUUGAUAUUGAGCCACUAGAUGCACCAGAGGACGGGCCAAAGUUCGCCAAUCCUUGGCUCAGGGAGGUGGCUGUACUUUCAUGGCGUACCGCACUGAAUGUCGUGCGCACACCGGAGUUGUUCCUCUCUCGUGAGAUUGUGCUCACGGUCAUGGCACUCAUCCUCUCGACGCUGUUCCAUCGCCUCAGCGGUUCUGAUUUCCUGACCAUCAACCGCAUCCUCAACUUCUACAUCUUUGCAGUCUGCCUCGUCUUCUUCUCCUCGAAUGAUGCAGUCCCGACAUUCAUCCAGGAGCGCUUCAUCUUCAUCCGCGAGAGGUCACACAAUGCAUACCGUGCUUCGACAUACGUGAUCUCCUCCCUCAUUGUCUACCUUCCCUUCUUCGCCAUCCAGGGCUUCACCUUUGCGGUGAUCACGAAGUUCAUGCUCCAUCUGAAUAGCAGCUUGCUCUACUUCUGGAUCGUCCUCUUUGCAUCGCUCAUCACAACAAAUGCCUAUGUGAUGCUGGUGAGUGCGCUUGUUCCGAGCUACAUCACUGGCUAUGCCGUCGUGAUUGCAACGACAGCGCUCUUCUUCCUCACCUGCGGAUUCUUUCUGAAGCGGAACAAGAUCCCUAUUUACUGGAGAUGGCUUCACUACAUCUCCGCAAUCAAGUACCCGUUUGAGGCCUUGCUCGUCAACGAGUUCAAAGGCAGCCAUUGCUACACUGGCACAUUCAAUCAGCUGUCCCCAGGACCUCUGGGAGAAAUCAAGGAAAGUGGCCUUCAUGAUCAACUGAACCCAAACAUCACAACAUGCCCCUUGAUAGGCCAGGAUGUGCUCACCUCCAUGGAUAUCACAAUGGACAGCAUCUGGGUUGAUGUUGCAAUCCUCCUUGCCUGGGGUGUGCUCUAUCGGCUCUUCUUCUAUGUGGUCCUGAGAUUCUACUCCAAGAAUGAGAGGAAGUAAAUAGCUUUCCAGCAAAGGCAUACCAAAUAUGUAUCCCAUAUCUCUUUGUGUGCAUUUGUUGUCUUUCUCAUUCUCUUUUGACAGAAUGCAUUUGUUAUCUCCUUUCAGCACAUUGCUACCAGCUUUAAUCUAUGUAAUGGAAAGUUUGCCUUCAAAAGCAUCAAGUGAAAUCCAACAUCAUUCUUUCUUA